GCUUGAACCCCCAUUUGGGCAAUGUAUGUAUGACGUAUGAGCCGGCAUCUUGCCCCACUUUACGGAUCCGUACCUCCAGCUUGGGGCAUUAGAGGCUUCGCACCCACAGCUCAGCUCAGAAGCCCACUGCAGAGCCCACAAUUACAUCAUUCCUGGCGCUGGGGAAACGGCCUACCACAACAACACCAGGCAGGGCCAUCUCCAUCCUUCUCAUCAGCCUCAUUCGGUGACGCUGUUACCAACCCGCCCCACCGCUGCCGUCGACCGUGGGUCGCUGUUCCCUUCUGUCAAAGAUACAAGCUUCGGGGUACCAACGUUAAGUAACCGAUUGCGAGAGCGCAUCCAUUGCCCGUCCAGUUGGGCCAGCUCCCGUCACCUAGCACAGAACGCGUCCAUCUCUGGGCCAUACGCACACGCCGGCCAGCUCCACUGCAUCAGUAUCUUGCCGCAUGGAGUGCUGCGACAAGGAUACAUGAUGGCAUGAGACGCCAUGCCCAAAAUCAGACAUCACCGUUCCUCGCGACGCGUGCCCCCUCCCCAGGACAGCGACUUCGACCACGAGAUCAGCCUGGUGGACCGCGAUGAGGACCAGGCUUUCCUCGGACCCUCGUCGACCGGCCCGUCUUGCUCCCAGCCCAACAUUCUGUCGCCUAGCGCCACCGAGUCCCAAGCGGCAGAUGAAGAGCAAGGGCCUCGCACACAAGACAGGGCGGAGGAGGAAGCCGGGCAGCCCUCUGUCGUCGUUGAGGAGCCCACACCACGGGUAGAGGCUGGCCCUCCCAAACCCGUGAUGCAGACAAUGCAAGCCAGCAGCAGGCCCAACUCGGCCGCGUCGGCCAUCGACAUUCUAUACGAGAACCAAAGAGGCGGCUUCCUCUGCGGCAUGGCGCUCUUUUCCUCGAAGGCCCUCGGCAACCUCGACCCGCCUGCGUGGACCAACUAUGCGCACAAGCCCAGCCCGACCGACAUCUCAAACGCCCAAGUUCCGGACCCCAGCUGGGAGUGGGCCUGGUCGGAAUGGCGCAUCAACCGUGAUGAGGGCGUGGACGAAGACGGUUGGGAAUACUCCUUUGCCUUCUCCAAAAGGUUCUCAUGGCAUAAGGCGCGGUGGUGGAACUCGUUUGUCCGACGCCGGGCGUGGAUCAGGAAACGCGUCAAGAAGAACCAGGGCUACAUCGGGCAGGACCCGCACAUGCUCAAUCCCGAGUAUUUCACCAUCAGACCGUCUGCUGAGAUAGCUCGGAAUCACAACUCUAGCAGGGCCAGCAGCACCCGGGAUAGCAGACUGAGCAUGAGCACCGUCAACAUGGAUGAGGUGGAGCGGCCAAUCAUCGAGCAUGCCGACGAGCUCUUACGCGUUCUCCGCGUGUCCCGCAUCGACAGGGAGAAGAUUGAAGCUGUUGAGAACUAUCUCGCCAACGCCAAGGAGGACUUUCAUGGUCUGCAAGAGAUCAUGCACGAGAUCAUGUCCCUCUUUGUCUUCCAGGCAUCUCGUCGGGUCCUCUUGAGCAGAUUGACCGAGGUCUACCACAAUGCAUUAGUGCAACAAGAGAAAGAGAAUGAGGCAAACUCAGAGGCGGACCGGCGGGUGAAGAACCUUGAGGAGGCGGUAAAACACGCGGACGAGGAAGUGAGGAGGCUCGAAUACUGGAGCGACGUGAAGGGCAUAGCUAACGAGGGAGACUCGAAGGGGGCGGUGGAUCAGGGGCAAGGUUGGGACGAAACAUGGCGAGGGGUGGACAUGUCCGGCCCAUCGGCGCCGGUUCCUAAGCACGAGGCAUCAGCAUCGACAUGAGGAUGAGCAUGAGCAUGAGCAUCACUACGAAAUACUUCUAUCAAGGUACCUACUCAGUACUAGUAGUUCACCUAGGUACGGUACCAUAGCAUCGAGCUGCGCAAGUAGAGUCGCGGCCCCGCACGCACGUAACAACAGCAAUAUAUCCGGUCUGC